UGAAAAUCAGCUGCAGUCAUUUAGGGAACGGAAUGUGGGAGCUUGGAAGAAAAAGAACACAUUUAAGGAAAAAACACAUGAAUUGCCCAGCACUCUCUUUUUUUGAAGGAAUUCACAAUUUUCAGGUGGUUAAUCUGCAUUUCUUAAACAUAUUCCAAGAUAGUUAUGCCAUCACCUCUUCCUGUUAGUCGUCUCCGUCUGGAAUUUUCUCCAUCUGUUAAUGCACGACCCUGCAGUAGCCCCCUGGUAUUUUCAACCAAAGGUGAAAAGUUAUUUUCUGAGAAAGGCCCUUCUCCAAGGGCUUGCCGGCUACCUUCUCGCCUUGCUUGGUGUUCGAUAGACUGGAAUCAGUUGUCUCUGCUACACCCUCUGGGGUCUGGUGGCUUUGGUUCUGUGUACAAGGCUGUUUACUGUGGAACUACCGUGGCAGUAAAGCAGGUAAAGAAAUGCAGUAAGAAUCGCUUGGCAUCUCGACAGAGUUUCUGGGCAGAACUAAAUGUGGCACAUCUUCACCAUAACAACGUGGUGCAUGUAAUAGCUGCCAGCACAUGUGCCCCUUCCAGCCAGGAUACUUUGGGCACCAUAAUAAUGGAAUAUGUAGGUAACAGCACCCUGCACCAUGUUAUCUAUGGAACUGGCUGCACAACAGCAGAAAGAAAGGAUGAUGGACUUGGAUGUGGCAAUGCAUUUUUGAAUCUAGCUCAGGCUGUAUGCUACUCCUGUGACAUUGUAGCAGGUUUAGUCUUUCUCCAUUCACAGUUGAUUGUGCACUUGGAUUUAAAGCCUGCUAACAUAUUCAUCACAGAACAAAAUGUUUGUAAGAUCGGAGACUUUGGAUGCUCCCAAAAGCUAGAAGAUACUGUGUUAUCAGGCCCUCAGCUUUGUCAGCAAGGGGGAACAUACACUCACCGUGCUCCCGAACUUCUUAAAGGUGAGAAAAUUACACCUAAGGCAGACAUCUACUCAUUUGCCAUCACGCUUUGGCAAAUGGUUACACAAAAAGAGCCUUAUUUGGGUGACCAUCAGUAUGUACUCUAUUCUGUGGUAGCUUACAACUUGCGUCCUUCUCUGUCUGAUGAUGUGUUUAAAGACUCAACCAUUGGACAACAGCUUGAGACCACAAUUGAAAGUUGCUGGAGAGCUGAUGUAGCAGAGCGUCCUAAUGCGGAACUUCUCCUCCAUGAUCUUCAUUCUCUAUCUCUAAAAGCAUAAAAAGUUGUUGUGUUGUGUCUCUUGAUUUUUAUUGUUGUUCCUCUUCCUUGCUAAAUUUGUUAAGUUAUUGCUCUGAUCUUUUUCAAUAUGCAAAAGAAGCUUCUGAAAAAAGUUGCUGGUUAUUAAUUUAUCAAUAAAGUUAUUGCAGAAUCUUA